AUGCGNUAUUUGGGACAAGUGCAUGGCGCAUAUUUGGCUGGUGUGGCCUUCCUCUCGGCCGACCUUGUAUUGGUGGCCUCGGUGACACAACUUUGUAUGCACUUCGAUUUCAUUUCACGUUGCCUCGAGGAGUUUGGUGGCGCAUCGCAGUCGGAUGUGCAGAAGGAUUUGGAGUAUUUGAAGGCUUUAAUUGUGAUGCAUGCCAAGUGUCUGAAGUUGAGCGAACAUGUCAACAGCAUUUUCAGCUUCUCUUUGCUCUUGAAUUUUCUAACUGCUUCGUUGACCAUCUGCUUUAUUGGAUUUCAAGUGACUGCUUCAUCUAAAGAAGAUAUUGUAAAAUAUAUUAUUUUUCUCACAGCGUCAUUGGUGCAAGUAUUUGUGGUUUGCUAUUAUGGUGACGAGCUGAUGACGGCGAGCAUGCGAGUUGGAGAUGCGGCCUAUAAUCAAAAUUGGUUCGAUUGUGAUAAGCGCUACAAACGUUUACUAACCAUAUUGAUAAUGCGCAGCCAAAAACCAGCCUCCAUACGGGCGCCAUUCAUGCCGCCAAUUUCAUUUCGCGCCUACAUGAAAGUGAUCAGCAUGUCUUAUCAGUUUUUUGCAUUAUUGCGUACCAGUAUGGAGAGAAAGGGAACUAAAUUUACAUAGUUAAGC